UCCUCCUCCUAGGCCCCGACAUCGGCGGUUUCGGCAUCAUUCGAGCGAUGGCGAGCCGGAGUCGGUGCGUCGCCGAGAAACGCGAACGCGAACGCGACCGUCGCCUGCACCACCUCCUGCUCCUGCUACGCUACAGUGUCAGUGCGACCGCUUCCUCGUGGCCGGUGGCGCCGUAACCGAGCUAUGCUACGCGAUCAUGACGCCGCCUCCGACGGUCGACGACGACGACGACUUGGAGGAGAUCGGAGGGUGGUUGGAGAGGAACCAGGACGCCUUCGAGAGGUGGUUGAAAGAACAAGCCUCUCCGGAACUGAAACAAAGAGUCCGAAAGGCUUUGUCGCCGGAGAAAGCCAAAGCGGGGCACGUAGCCAAGAACUCGAAUAUAUCGUCUGAUAUUUUCCAACUCUGGUUGGCCGCCUCGCCGGCUAACAACAAUCAGCAUUUACAAAACGUCCGUCCCGAUCACGAUUAUGAAUCCCUGGAGGAAUCGGAGUUGUUCAUGGAGCUCAUCCGCGACGUGGCCAACGAGCUGGACAUCGACGUGCUGUGCUACAAAAUCCUGAAGAACGUCAGCCUGCUGACUCACGCCGACCGGGGCUCGUUGUUCCUGGCGCGCGGCUGCGGCGACGACAAGUACCUGCUGGCCAAGCUCUUCGACGUGCGCCACGACAGCUCCUUCGAGGAGGCCGUGCGGCUGUCGCGCAGCGAGGAGCUCAGGAUACCGUUCGGCGUCGGCAUCGCCGGCGCCGUCGCCCACUCCAAGGCGCUCAUCAACAUCAAGGAUGCUUACAAGGAUCCCCGAUUCAGCAACGAAGUGGACCAGCGCACCGGCUACAGGACGAACCUGAUCCUCUGCAUGCCGAUAUGCAACUACGAGGGGGACGUCAUCGGCGUCGCUCAAAUCAUCAACAAAACCGACGAUUCGCAGGAGUUUACGCCGCACGACGUCGAAGUGUUCCAGCGGUACCUCACCUUCUGCGGCAUUGGCAUUCAAAACGCCCAGCUGUUCGAGGUCUCCGUCUUGGAGUACAAACGGAAUCAGAUUUUGUUGAAUUUGGCGCGCAGCAUAUUCGAGGAGCAGAACAAUUUGGAAUGCCUCGUCACGAAAAUAAUGAGAGAGGCUCAAGAUCUGUUGAAAUGCGAACGGUGCGCCGUUUAUUUGCUCGACUUGGAUUGCUGCGAAGCGAGCCAUUUAGAACACAUCGUUGAGCGGCCCGGUAAAUCCCAGGAGCGACACGCUCCUCUGGCUCGGAUGGAGAGCGGCAAUUUGACGGCGGAAGACAUGAGAGAAAACGGAUUGCGGAAACCCACCGUAUUCAGGACGGUGUUUGAAUUGCGAGAGUGCGGAACGCAGACCUUGGUUUCCCGGCCGUCGUCGUUUGAUUUAGCUAGUUCCACUUUAGCGCAAAUUGCUGGUUACGUUGCUUCUACGGGGCAAAUUUUAAACGUGGGAGAUGUUAAAUCGUGGCUCAAAGAGCAGCAUAGCGAAGGAGACGCUGAUACAGCCAGAACUAUUCUUUGUAUGCCUAUUAUCAACGGAAAGAAAAUGCUAAUAGGUGUAGCUCAAUUGAUCAACAAAGAGAACAACGCAUCUUUCACCGAGUGCGACAUCUCGCUGUUCGAAGCUUUUGCCAUCUUCUGCGGCUUGGGCAUCCACAACACCCAGAUGUACGAGAACGCCUGCAAGCUGAUGGCCAAGCAGAAGGUCGCCUUGGAGUGCCUGUCCUAUCACGCCACCGCCAGCAACGACGCCACCGAGAAGUUGGUGAAGGAAGAGGUGCCGUCGGCGAGCAGGUACAAUUUGUAUAGCUUCACGUUCAUCGAUUUCGAGCUAUCGGACGACGAUACUUGCAAAGCGACCAUUAGGAUGUUCUUGGAGUGCAAUUUGGUGCAGCAGUUUCACAUUCCUUACGAGGUUCUGUGCCGAUGGAUAUUGAGCGUAAAAAAGAACUACAGGCCUGUGAAGUACCAUAAUUGGAGGCAUGCUCUUAAUGUCGCUCAAACCAUGUUUGCCAUGUUCAAAACCGGGAAAAUGGAAAGAUUCAUGAGCGACUUGGAGAUGUUGGGACUUAUAGUAGCUUGUUUGUGUCACGAUUUAGACCAUCGAGGUACCAAUAAUGCCUUCCAGAUGAAGACCGAUUCGCCCUUAGCAGUUUUGUACUCUACCAGUACCAUGGAGCACCAUCAUUUCGAUCAGUGCGUCAUGAUACUUAACACGGACAGCAAUAAUAUAUUCCAAGCGUUAAACCCGGACGAUUACCGUAAGGUCAUGCGAAUCGUGGAGACCGCGAUUUUGUCCACGGAUCUGGCCAUGUACUUUAAGAAGAAGAACAAAUUCCUGGAGCUCAUCGAUAACGGGGAGUUCGAUUGGCAAAGAGACGACAAAAAAGAAUUGCUUUCUGGAAUGAUGAUGACGGCCUGCGACGUCAGCGCUAUAGCAAAACCUUGGGAAGUACAACACAAAGUAGCUAAAUUAGUAGCAGACGAGUUCUUCGACCAAGGGGACAUGGAAAAAGUGCAACUCAAAGAGCAACCUAUAGCUCAAAUGGAUAGAGAAAGAAAAGAUGAACUUCCCCAAAUGCAAGUCGGUUUCAUCGACGUCAUCUGUCUUCCACUGUACAGGGUGUUGUCAGAAACGUUUCCUUGGAUGAAGCCUCUUUACCAAGGAACGCUGGAAAACCGCCAGCACUGGCAAGAUUUGGCCGAGAAAGUGGAGAUGGGCUUGACGUGGAUUGACCACGAUACAAUAGACAAGCCCGUCGAGGCUUUUACAGGUCCUGAUGAAACAAAGGAUAUCGAAUUGACUGUUCAAACCCUCCAUACUGUGACGUCUUCUCCUCCAAUUGAAAUCAAAAAAAGGCACAGGAAUAAAUUCUGUUGCAUAUUGUGACGAAAAGUAACACAAAUAGUUAACGUUUAGGAGUUAUUUUGUAAAACUAUAGAUCAAUAUCGACGAUAAGAACGCUCAUACUUCACAUUCCCUCACUAUAUACUCUCCUCAUAUGCAUUCUACUACAUACAAUAGGUGAGCUUUCUAAAACUCUACAUUUAUUAAGUUGAGAGACGUAAAAUUUAAAACUGUUGGUUGAGGAAAGUUGACUGAUUGUACUUAUAAAAUCAAAGAGGAAGGACUUGAUAUUAUAACUUGAGUCUUUUUCUAUAAAAUAUAAAUAUAAUACCUGUAAAGAACGGGUAUUUUGUGUAAAAUUGUAAAUAAAAUUCUAGCCUAUUCAAAUUGAACUGUAAAUGUUUCUUUAUGAAAAAUUCUUCUUUUAAAUAAUUUACUUUUUAUAUGUGGAUAUUUUCGAAAUUCAAACUCUAAAUAAAACUGUUCUAUCCGACUAUUUUAAACGUUAGAUUUUUGGUAUGUUAUUUAAUUCAAAUAUCUAAUUGGUAUAUUUAAAUGUUACACUUGUUAAAAAUUAUAUGAAUAUCUGGCCCUUCAUCGCACAAUCAAUGGUGUUCUAGGACAUUUUAUAAAUAACUCAAGAUUUAUACGAGUAAACCAAAAUGUAUAUAGGAAAUUUCUUUGAUAUUAGAGAUCAAGUUUUCGAUUUCUUUACCUUUAUGGAACAUAUAUUGGUCUUAUAAAUAUUUAUUUAAUUGUUUAGAUUAAACAGAUCUCCUUCCUAAUUUUUUGUAAACUUUUAAAUAAAGAAUUAUAACUUUAAACUUUGUAUCACGGGUUUUUCAGAACAUCUUUCUCUAUGUUGAACCAAUCCAUCUCCAAAACAUAUGUCACAUCAUUAAAAGUAAAAUGAGUAGGCGGUUUUGAUUCUCCGUUAUCGAAUUUGAAAGACUUGCUGAAUUCUAUAGCUAACUUCGAAGCAACCAAUCCUACUGAACCGGUUCUUUCCGGAGCUGGAUGGUACACUCUACACGUUUCUGGAGACAUUAUGACUUUAUUGGGAAGGAAUUUAGUUGUUAAUAAAUCUCCAGCGUGAUUGUGGGCCAAAAGGAGGUCAUUUGAAUCCGGUUUUUGAAUAACAUGUGUGAAAACUAUUGGUCGAUCGUCACAUCUCACGAAAUUUCUCUCUCUUCCACAAGGAGAAACGUAAGGAAAUUCCGUAUAUCUUCCUGUUGUAUUGACUCUCAACUGAUUGAAGAAGAACCUUAUAAAUUUCUUCUCCUUGAAACACGAAGUGAAGUUUUUU